CUGAUGCUCUAAAACUGUUCUUUAGCCGCGUACUAGAGUUUGUUUCGGAUCUGGUUCUAAUCCGUACCGUCUGAUCAACGGAGUGGGAGAUUUUGGGUUUAUAGGUCGGGUGAAACCAGAAAUGGAGAAGAAGAAGAGCAGAGUACUGAUAAUCGGAGCAACAGGAAAUCUGGGUCACCAUUUAGCCAAUGCCAGCCUCCAUUUCUCUCACCCCACUUUCGCUCUCGUCCGACCCGACACCUUCUCCGACCCCCACAAGUCCCAAAACCUUCGAGCCCUCUCCGAUGCCGGCGUAACACUCCUCCAAGGUUCGCUGGAAGAUGAAGAGAGCCUUGUUGAAGCAGUGAAGCAAGUUGAUGUUGUGAUUUGUGCUGUUCAGGCCAAACAGGUGCUCCAUCAGAAGCAUCUUAUCCAAGUUAUCAAAAAUGCUGGCUCCAUCAAGAGAUUCAUUCCAUCAGAAUUCGGGUUGGACCCAGAUAAGACGCAAAUUUCAGGGAUGGACUACAACUUCUAUUCAAACAAAGCCGAGAUUAGGCGUCUUGUGGAAGCUCAAGGCAUUCCCUACACUUUUGUUUCCUGCAAUUUCUAUACGAGCUAUUUGCUUCCUUCACUUGUGCAGCCGGGCCUCAAAGUGCCUCCGAGGGACAAAGUCACAAUUUUCGGGGAUGGAAAUACUAAAGGCGUUUUUGUCAAGGAAAUUGAUGUAGCUGCCUUCACUAUCAGGACAUUAGACGAUCCACGAACCUUGAACAAAGUGUUGUAUUUUAGACCACCCGGAAAUGUGUACUCGCUGAAUGAACUAGUUGAGCUUUGGGAGAGUAAGAUUGGGAAGAAGCUCGAGAAGGUGUUUGUAUCAGAAGAAGAGCUCCUUAAGAAGAUUAAAGAGACUUCAUAUCCUGACAACAUGGCCCUGAUUUUCAUAUAUUCUGCUUUCAUAAAGGGCGAUCAAACUUACUUUGAUAUCGAGUCAGCUGAUAGUGCCGAUGCGACAAAACUGUAUCCAGAGCUGAAUUAUACUACAAUCAGUCAAUAUUUAGACACUCUAUUGUGAGUGUCUCACACAUUAUAAAAAAUGCAACCCUUGAGUGACCCUAGUCUUACAUAGUAAUUUAGGCCUCCUAAGAUUUUCACUGUUUGAUGAAGUAUAGAAACAAGUUCAGUUUACGGGUGUGUGCAUGGAGUGUUCGACCUAAGCAAGAUGUUCAAUCUAUUGAACCUCUAUUUGAGUAGUACCAUCUAUUCUCAAGGCCUUCUAGCGUGGAACUGCCUUUCGCCUUAAGCUUUUGAAUGUUUAACAGAUGGUGCUCAGCAUCACAAUGUGAUAUUUCAAUUACUUGUGCAAGUAGUAAUCGAGUUUGUAUUAGAGAUAUUCUCGGAUAUAUUCGUAGAUAUCCAAUCAUUGUAUGAUUACCUUUCCA